AUGAGGGUUGAACUUAUAUCAAGUCAAGAGGAGGCUGAAAGAGUUCUAAAUGCUAAGUUGGACAAGAUGAGCAUUGAGUUUGGAGCCGAACUCGAGACUAUCACCAAGGACGUUACACGCUUGGAGGAACAAAUCAUUGCUGUCAACAAUCAAGUCUUAAACAACACGAAGUAUAUUGAUGAUGACCGAACGAAGAUUAUCAAUAUGGGUUACACCAUUGACACCAUCGAGAGCCGUUUAGAGUGGAAGGUUGAAGCCCUACAAACCUUAUUCAACAAAUCCGGUGAAUGCAAUAAUUGGAGUGUAGAUCAAUUAUAUCAACCUACUGAUGUUGAAGAAGAACAUGGAGCCUCAUAUGAGUACCCAACCGAUCCUAACAAGUCCAAAGAGUGGACUAGAGAAAAAGAUUACCCAACCGAUGAAGAAGAAGCUUAUUUCAAGGAGAGAGCUAUAGAAUAUGAAGAUUUGCCAAGAGAGAAUGAUGAGUCUUAUGAUCUAUCAUCUACUAAAGAAGAUGGAGAAGAAGAGCUCAAAGACUUCUACUGUUGCAUGACAUAUCAUAUCCCUUAUGAAGAAGUUACCGAAAACCACAAUUUUCGACAACUCCAACAUCAAGAGGAAGCUUUCUACCGAGGUAACCCUAGAAAUCGACCAUCUCCAGCACCUUAUGAUGUUUAUGAAGAUUGGGAACCUGUCCCAAAUGAGACUAUGAAGAUGCUGCAUGAGAAGCUUGACAAAAUCGAUUCCAAUCUUUCAAGAAAAAUCGAUGACAUUGCUGUUAGAGUUAGAAGCAUAGAGGAUCAAAGAUCUAAGGAUGCUGAAGCCAUGGAGAGAAGACUCCAUUGUCUUGAAGAAGAACAAGAGAGACAUCUCAAGAGUGCCCAAGAUAAUGCUAUCAAUAUUAGAGACUUGGGCAAUGAAGUUUCGGACUUAGAAAGGGACCAUGAGUCCAAGUAUGGAGUUUUAUUCAACAAGGAAUUAGACACAAGGAGGCGUGUGCAGAAGCUUGAGAACCGAGCCUAUGAAGCUGAGAGCAAGAUGUUUGGUCUCGAGUUUGAACAAAAACGCUUUGGAGAAGCUAUGUCCGAAAAGUUUACAUUCACCAAAGAGAACCAUAAGCUGCUUAAGGAGAUUGAAUCAGAAAUAAAUGAGAAGAACCAGGAUCUUGAUGAUAAGAUUGAGAAUCUAUCCUCAUGUGUUGCUGAACACAAACCAGAAGAAGGAGCUCAGCUCGUCGAGGAAGAAGUAAGAUAA